AUGGCGACCACUUCGAACAUGUUUUUAUACUCGCUUACGGUCCAGCCUCCAACAAAUGUCACACAGGCGGUCCUGGGUCAGUUCGCAGGCACUAGGGAACAGCUCAUCAUCACUGGUGCUGGCUCGCAACUCUCACUGCUACGGCCUGAUCCCUCCCAGGGAAAGGUGAUUACCCUCCUCUCUCAUGAUGUCUUUGGCAUCAUUCGUUCCCUUGCCGCCUUCCGGUUAGCUGGCAGCAAUAAGGAUUACUUGAUCAUUGCUUCUGACUCUGGUCGGAUCACAAUUAUCGAGUAUCUCCCAGCCCAGAACCGCUUCCAGCGACUGCAUCUUGAAACAUUUGGAAAGUCUGGCGUAAGAAGAGUUAUUCCUGGCGAGUAUCUUGCUUGCGACCCAAAGGGCAGAGCUUGUUUAAUUGCCUCAACUGAGAAGAACAAGCUCGUGUAUGUUCUGAACCGAAAUUCACAAGCUGAGCUUACGAUCUCGUCGCCUCUCGAGGCUCACAAGCCUGGUGUUCUAGUCAUCUCCAUGGUUGCACUUGACGUUGGCUACUCGAAUCCUGUUUUCGCUGCGCUCGAGAUUGACUACUCAGAGGUUGAUCAAGAUUCAACAGGCCAAGCAAUGGAAGAGCUAGAUACUCAACUUGUUUAUUACGAGCUUGAUCUAGGACUUAACCACGUAGUCCGAAAGUGGUCAGAUCCCGUCGACCCUACAGCCUCAAUACUGUUUCAAGUUCCGGGUGGUAAUGACGGCCCAAGCGGUGUGUUGGUAUGCGGUGAGGAAAACAUCACAUAUCGACACUCAAAUCAAGAGACUUUCCGCGUUGCCAUCCCUCGUCGUCGCGGUGCUACAGAAGAUCCCAACCGCAAACGCACUAUUGUCUCUGGCAUUAUGCACAAGCUGAAGGGCAAUACGGGUGCUUUCUUCUUCUUGUUACAAACAGAUGAUGGUGAUCUCUUCAAGCUUUCUAUCGACAUGAUUGAAGAUGAAGAAGGCAAUCCGACAGGAGAAGUCAAGAGGCUCAAGGUCAAAUACUUCGACACCGUUCCGGUGGCGUCUAGUCUUUGCAUCCUCAAGAGUGGAUUUCUCUAUGUUGCCACGCAGUUUGGCAACUACUCAUUCUACCAAUUUGAAAAACUUGGUGACGAUGAUGAGGAACUGGAAUUCUACAGCGAUGAUUUCCCCGCAGACCCUAAAGCCUCCUACGAACCUGUCUACUUCCACCCCCGGCCAACCGAAAACUUGGCUUUGGUUGAGAGCAUUCCUGCCAUGAACCCGCUAUUAGACUGCAAGGUCGCAAACCUCACUGGUGAAGACGCACCUCAAAUAUAUACCAUCUGUGGCAAUGGCCCCCGAAGCAGCUUCAGAAUGCUCAAACAUGGUUUAGAAGUUAACGAGAUAGUUGCUUCUGAACUUCCUGGAAUACCUUCCGCAGUAUGGACACUGAAGCUCAACCGCUCGGAACAAUACGAUGCCUACAUUGUGUUAUCGUUUACCAAUGGUACGCUGGUACUCAGUAUUGGAGAAACGGUUGAGGAAGUCAGCGACUCGGGCUUCCUCACAAGCGUUCCUACAUUGGCAGCUCAGCUGCUCGGUGACGAUGGCCUGAUCCAAGUUCAUCCUAAAGGCAUUCGACAUAUCCGUAAUGGAAACGUCAAUGAAUGGGCAGCUCCACAGCAUCGAUCCAUUGUUGCCGCGACUGCCAAUGCUCAUCAAGUUGCCGUCGCCCUCAGUUCUGGUGAGAUUGUUUACUUUGAAAUGGACGCCGACGGCUCAUUAGCCGAGUACGAUGAGAAGAAGGAAAUGUUCGGAACAGUCACAUGCCUGAGCUUGGGAGAUGUCCCUGAAGGGCGCCUGAGAAGCUCAUUCCUCGCAGUCGGCUGUGACGAUUGCACUGUCCGCAUUCUCAGCCUUGAUCCCGAAUCGACUUUGGAAAAUAAGUCGGUGCAGGCUCUGACAGCGGCCCCUACGUCGCUGGCUAUCAUCGCUAUGGAAGACUCCUCAUCGGGUGGCUCUACACUUUAUCUCCACAUCGGACUUCACUCCGGUGUGUAUCUUAGAACAGUCCUCGACGAGAUCACCGGUGAAUUAACCGACACCCGCCAAAAGUUCCUUGGGCCCAAGGAAGUCAGGCUAUUCCAAGUUACUGUCCAGGGUAAGACUUGUGUACUUGGACUUAGCUCUAGACCUUGGCUUGGCUAUGCAGAUCCCAUCACGAAGGGAUUUGUUGUGACGCCCCUCAACUACGUUGAUCUAGAAUGGGGCUGGAACUUCAGCAGUGAGCAAUGCGAAGAAGGCAUUGUUGGCAUCCAAGGCCAGUCACUACGGAUCUUUAACAUUGAUCGACUUGGCGAGACAUUGAUCCAAAAGUCUAUUCCUUUAACUUAUACCCCCAAGAAGCUCGUCAAGCACCCCGAUCAGCCUCUUUUCUACACUAUCGAAGCAGACAACAACACGUUGCCACCUGAGUUGAGAGCACAACUCCUCGCCGACCCUGGAGUCGUAAAUGGCGACUCCAAGGUGCUCCCACCUGAGGACUUUGGCUACCCCAAAGGUACUCGGAGAUGGGCAUCUUGCAUCAACGUAAUUGAUCCUCUGUCUGAGGAAGGCCAAGUCUUGCAGACAAUAGAUUUGGAGAACAACGAGGCAGCCGUCAGCGCAGCUAUUGUGUCAUUCUCCAGCCAGGAUAACGAGAGCUUCCUCGUCAUUGGUACCGGCAAAGACAUGGUUGUCAACCCUCGAAGCUUUUCAGAAGGAUACCUCCAUAUCUACCGAUUCUUGGAAGGGGGUCGGGAGCUUGAGUUUAUCCACAAGACCAAGGUCGAGGAACCACCACUGGCUUUGCUGGCUUUCCAGGGCAGAGUCCUUGUAGCUGUUGGCACAUCGCUUCGCAUAUAUGAUUUGGGUAUGAGACAAAUGCUCCGCAAGUCUCAGGCCGAGGUUGCAACACAACAGAUUGUGUCUUUAAACACACAAGGCAGUCGAAUCAUUGUAGGCGAUGUUCAACAGGGUGUCACUUAUGUUGUUUAUAAGCCUGCUUCCAACAAGCUCAUUCCCUUUGUCGAUGACACAAUCGCAAGGUGGACCACAUGUACAACCAUGGUGGAUUAUGAGUCAGUCGCUGGCGGCGACAAGUUCGGUAAUAUGUUUAUCGUGCGUUGUCCCGAGAAGGCCAGUGAAGAGGCGGAUGAGGAGCAAUCCGGCUUGCAUUUGAUCAAUGCCCGAGACUAUCUCCAUGGCACACCACACAGAGUGAGCUUGAUGUGUCAUUUCUAUACACAGGACAUCCCGACCAGUAUCACUAAGGCGAGUCUUGUGGUUGGUGGGCAGGAAGUUUUGCUAUGGAGUGGUAUUAUGGGCACAAUCGGAGUUUUUAUUCCAUUCGUCAGUCGUGAGGAUGCGGACUUUUUCCAGAACCUUGAGCAACAUCUAAGGACAGAGGACCCCCCACUCGCCGGACGAGAUCAUCUUAUGUAUCGUGGCUACUAUGCCCCUGUCAAGGGAGUCAUCGAUGGUGACUUGUGCGAACGAUACAACCUUCUGCCAAACGACAAGAAGCAGAUGAUCGCAGGCGAGUUGGACCGCUCAGUCCGGGAGAUUGAGAGGAAGAUUUCUGACAUCCGUACACGAUCUGCAUUUUAA